UUGAGCUUCGCUCCUCCAUCGUCAAAACACCCGAAGGCGCGCGCCCUCGACAAACGAUAGGGUUUGUAUGAUGUAUCUGAAUGGCGCAACAAAGCACAGGAUCAGCUAGGCGACCAUGGAUAGGCUAAGCAAUUGUGCUGUCUAUUAUUGUCUAACUAAUGACGACCGCGCCAAAUCCCGAGGAUAUGGUACUUGCACCUAGUAUUCAAGGCUAUAUAUUUGUCCGCAUUGAACGAAAAUGAUCAAGGCAAUAUUCUAUAGCAAGUUCGACACCCAGGAAGGUAAGAGACCGACCUUAUAUCUCACUACGCCCAAAGGUCGUUCACCAGGUUCCUGAUGGAGCCAUCGUGCCGUCCCCAACAGCACCUCCGAACCAACCUCCCCUGAUUACUUUCUCUGAUAUAUCCUUCUUCGUGAUUCCGCGACAGGAACUAUGCGGCAAUCUAAUCCACGUCUGUUCUGGUGGUUAUCGCAUCGUUGGCUCCCCCGUGUGCAUGACCUCCCCGAAAUACGAUCGAAAUGAGUUUAUAUUCAACUUCUGCAUCGUGCUGGCGGAAGAUGAGGAAUUUGGCACUUUCAAAAGCGUUGUGCAGAAGCUGGCGCAUCUAAUGUGUGGGCUAGAAGAGCAGUCUGGAUUUUUGUCAAAGGAUCUCUCGAAGGGCGGAGAAGGGAAGGUUUACAGUCUGUGUGAGACGUUGAUGGAGGAUUUGAAUAAUUAUUGCGAGUGUAUGAUUCCAAUUGAUGAACUCAACACUCUGAAUAUCAAGUUAUUCCCUAUUUAUCCCUCACCACCUAUGGUGAAAGCCUGGCAUGUACCACUAUUCACGGUUCGAUAUGAGGCCUUUGUGGAUGAAAACUGGGAUCUGACAAUGCUAAGAAUCGUACCUUUUAUCAACGGGGUUAACAGCGUUCGCAUAAUUUCGGCGCUUGCAGAUACGGACUUUUCUUUGACAUGCAGCGCGAUCCGACAUUUGAUCUACUACGGCUGCAUAUUUCUCCUAGAUAUCUUCUCCUUUACGGCAAUAUAUGCCCCAACUGCUCAGUUCGGUUCAACCAUCGCAGUGGACGAAGACAUGCAGCGUGAAUGCGCACGAUAUGUAAAUACUCGUUUCGCUCCCACCCCAAGCAUAACUGCACCACCAACAGUGACCGCAUCCACCCAAUCUACCGUAUCAUCCAGUUCACGGAGCAGAUCGAAGGGGCGUAGAGAUGACCAUGUGGACCAUGAUGAUAUAUGGCCUUUGGUCGCCAACUCGGGGACUGCCUCCCGUGACCCCGCCGGCCAGCGCGCCAGUAUCGUUGACGGGGUCGGACUAAUUGAGCUUUACGCCAGUCUUAGACAGGGAAAGACUGUCAAACAGUGGUAUAUCGAACACAGCCGCGAACUUGCCAACAUUGAUUUAAGACGCUUCAUAACAUUUGGCGUCAUAAAGGGUUUCCUGUAUCGUGUUCAUAAAUACGCCUUUGCAACCGGAUAUCUAGCACAACCAGCAAGACAACACCGGCAUGGUCUUGUGCUGUCAUCGUCCUCCUCAUCAUUUUCCCAAAAGAAUCAGAGUGAAUCUGUCGCCAGUGGCGGUUCUGAUUUAGGAGGAGCAGGAGAAGGUGGAGGGGGGAGAGGACGUCGUUUGUCCACGUGGAGUCGUCGGUCAAUUAGCUCGCGGGACGGGAGUGAUGUGACGGCGUUUUCGACUACUUCGUAUACCAACGACGACAACGCCGUUGACGAUGAUAGGGACGAUGAUUACGCUUUGGGAGGCGAAGAGGAGGCCCUGAUUGACGAUAAGACGCUGGGAAAGUAUCUUGAUGGCGCCCAUUGCUUCGAUCAGAUAUGCACGGAGCUAGAAAUCAGUGAGAAAGAACUUACCGAUCGGCUGAAGUCGUAUCCGUUUGAGGUACAGAUUAUUGAUCGGUAGAUUGGAUAAUUUAUGAUGUACGUUGUUGCUGUUUUCCCGGAUCUGGAACCGUGCGCGGAAUGCCUGUGCUUUACUUGGAUGAUUUAUAUAACUGCAAUCAAUAUACCCAUAUCCUCUUACGUAGAUAAUGUUAGAGAAAAGUCCACUUCUUGCACUUCUUGACACGGUGGAUACAUCCCGUUUUCUCCUUAACUCCUCAGAAUCAGACGUUAUGAUGGGAGUGAAGGCAGCAAAAAUUGGACUCGGUGAACGUUGGGAUGAGUUCAUUGAAUCAGUGAUGAUUCCUGAAUUUUUUUUUAAAAAAAAAGAAAAAAAGCCAGACGCACAUUUACAUCCUCCCAAUAGUUCUUUCCCCCUUAUUUGACAGCGCGCCCAAACCCCUUUCCGUCCUAAAACCUUGCCCUGAAGACGCCUACACCGGGUAAAAUCCUACAAAAACCCAGAAAAUAGAGAGCAGGAUAUCACGAACAAAAACUGAAACCAUUCCCAAUCCACAAACCACCCCCCCAAAAAGCAAUAGGAAAUUUGGAUAAUACCGUGGAAUAGAAGAAAAGGAUAGAAACAAAAAGAUUUGUUUGGUGGUGGUCUAUUCUUGCUCCUCGUCCCAACCCUCCAACUCCGCUUUCUCGUACUCCUCCAUGAGCGCAGGGUCAAAGAUACUCUCGUCUUUUCCAGGCACUGUCGUUUUGCAAUCUUUGAACACAGGACCGAUGCAAUCAGCCCACCGCUUCCGACGAUCCAUCAGCGUGCGGGCCACAUCGCCAAUUCCUGGCCUGCUUACACCCGCUCCCGAAGCAUUGGGCGCCACAAGAUGGCUACCCCCGCCCGCACCGCCAGGUCUAUGCUUAGCCUGCGAGCCCUUCUUGCUUUUGCCAAGCGUGCGCGUGCGUUUAAGGUAUGCCUGUUGGACUUGAG